AUGGAUCAAGCUGACUCCUGUUCCUGUGAGGAAACAGGAGUGAUAAUAUGCGGCGGAGGUCCGACCGGCGUGGUGUUGUCAGUUCUGCUUGGGAUGAUGAAAGUGCCAAAUAUUGUACUGGAAAAGGAAAAGGGUAUCACGACUGACCCACGAGGCAUCGCAUUGGAUGAAGAUGGCAUCCGCAUCCUUCAGUCGAUUGGUAUCUAUGACCGGAUAUAUACAGAAAUUGGCUCCUGCAUGGAAGUAUUCAACUUCGUGACUGGCAGUGAACCAGAUCUGACCAAGAGGCCGUUGAUUCGGAUGGAAUACAAGACCACUGAAGGAGGGACGGGCCAUGUCGGUUUCAUCUGCCAUAAACAGCCAACCAUGGAAAAGGCGGUCCGUGACCAGAUCGAGAAGAUGCCGGACUCGCAGAUUCGCACAGGGUCCACCGUAAUCGGCGUUGGCGAAGACAGCAAAAAUGUCCUUGUGGACUACAUAGAUGCAAGCGGAAACGGUCGAAGACUGAAGGGCUCAUUUCUGGUCGGAGCGGACGGCAAGACAGGCUAUGUCCGCAAAAAAUACCUUGAGCCAAAAGGUAUUAUCAUGGAAAAGUGUAAACAGUCGACGUAUGAGGAGACAUGGGUGGCUUUAAAUUGGCAGAUCUCACUGCCCGCGGAGAAGACUCACCCUGACUUUCCGCUUUGGCGACUGGGCUACACCCCAGAGGAGGUGUAUGACCAGUUCUUUCCCACAGACUUUAGAUUUUUGUGCAACCCUCGCAGGCCGUCAGUCUGCGGGAGGUUUGGUCUGCCAAAAGAUAGGCUGUGGCGGUUCGAAUUUGUUGUCCUCAAUGGCGAGGAUGGCUAUAAGAUGGCGACGGGCGAAGAGGUGGCCAAGAUAAUUUAUCCUUACCUCACCCAUCCUGGAAUUCGGUAUGGCUUGCCCCAUUCUGUCCGAUUCCCUGAAGACUGCAUCAAGACCUUGCGAUCUCGACCAUUCUCUUUUGUGGCAAGAAGCUGCAACAAAUGGGCACUGGGUAGGGUCAUCCUCGCGGGUGAUGCCGCUCAUGUCUUCCCACCUUUUGCAGGUGGCCAAGGAAUUGCUUCCGGAUUUCGGGAUGCAUCAGCACUAGGAUGGAGACUGGCUCUCCUCCAUCGUGACCCGACCGCAGACCAUGAUCAGAUCCUGAAGGCGUGGUACACGGAACGCAAGCAACAGCUGGAGAGGUCUUUGGCCGCCACCAUCCGAAAUGGAGAGUAUGUCACUGAAUCCAACCCGGUUAAAGUGUUCGUCCGUGAAUGGUACAUGUGGGCCAUCCAGAUGAUCCCCAGCGUAAGAAAGCAAGUCCAGCUGGGUGCCCGAGCCGACGGUAUGACGAGAUACCGGUACAGUCCAGGUCUUCCAUUCCUGGCAGAGAUGGGGGGAGGCUUGCUCCUGCCACAAGUUUAUGCGUACAACUUCAAGACGCGGAGGGUCUGCUUCACCGACGACAUGAUAUUCUCGCCGGAGAAGACUGGGCUCUUUCAGCUUGUCGUCUUACCGAACAGCCCCGAAGAAAUCGAUGACCUGCUUCGCGCGACGGUUGACACUGACAAGCUUGCAAAAGGCUUGUUCUGUUGUGAGGAGGCAACCGUAUUGAUCCAAUCGGUGACCUGCGCGAUUCAACCAACGGCUGUAUAUGCGCGGGACAUUGCUCGAAUCGCCACGGGCGAUGAAUUUGGGGCCGAUGCCGUCCUGUGUAAGGACCGACCGCCCCCAAUCGGCUAUGACGAACUGCGGCUGAAGAAAGAAGUGGGUGGGAAGCAGCUUUUGAUUUUGCGAUGCGAUCGGUUCGUGUUUGCGGCUUGUGAUACUCGGGAUGAGCUCAGAGAGGCUGCCAGAAGGCUUGGACAUGCUGUACCGGGUUCCUAG